AUGGCACCGGUCUCCGCUCCUCCUCUCGCCUACACCCAACCGGGCCCCGUCUCCUCACAUGCCCCCGGGGCCGCGCCACCCGGAGCCUUGCCCGCCGCCGCCUCCGAGGCCGCAGCGAGGGACGGAGCCGGAGCCUUCAACUCCAAUGGCGUAUCAAAAUACCUGCAGAGAUUUAGUUUGAACAAGAACAUGGGGGACAGGAAACCAGCAAAGGAGCCAGAGCCCAGGACUACUUGCCAUCUGUUUAAAUGGAGCAUGAGGAAUGAAGCAAGAAGACUGAGAACUUUUCGGCAGUGGCCAGCAGACUCACCUGUAUCCCCUCAAGAUCUGGCCAGGGCUGGCUUUUACUAUCUUGGUCCAGGAGAUGAAGUACGGUGUUUCUGCUGUAGUGGUAUCCUGAAGGACUGGGUACCUGGCGAUUGCCCAGUAGCAGAGCACCGGAAGUACUUCCCUUCCUGUAAAUUCAUUCGUGGUGAGCCUGUUGGGAACCAAGGGAUGCCUCCUCAUCCUCAGGAAGCUGCUGACGCUGUGGAUGGGCAGGUUGUCAGCGUUUUGCAGGGGGUGAACAGUGAGGAGGCGGCCGUGCCCCGUGCACCAGAAAACCCAGCAAUGGUAGCAGAGGAGACAAGACUAUUGACAUUUCAGGGCUGCCCACUAUACCCUAACGUGAAUUAUCAGGCACUAGCUAGAGCAGGAUUCUUCUACACAGGACAACGUGGUAUACUGAAGUGCUUUCACUGUAAUGGAAGUGUGAGGAUCUGCCAGCUUGAGGCUGAUCCUUGGCGGGAGCAUGCCAAACGGUUUCCAAGGUGUGAAUUCUUAUUGCAGUCAAGGGGGAGAGAGUUUGUUAGCAGUGUUCAGGAGUCCCUCUCUAACACCCAAGUUCCAGUGAGUUAA